CAUUUCAGUCGUGACUUUUUCUUUUGAGGAAAAUUGUUUUGUUUUCUGAAAAGAUGGAUAAAAAAUUAUUGAUUGUUUGUUUGGUUGUUUGCCUUUCGCUUCAGGCUUUUUCGCUGUCCAACCCCAGUUUGAAAUCAAUUUUGAAACAAAUGGAAAAGAGAGAGGAAAUGGCAAACAUGCUUGAAAAUGAGAUGUACUUAAAAGCACUGAUUGCAAAAGAGUUGAUGGAAAAACGUGGCGCUUGUCAAGAUAACUGUGAAGGCAAAGAGGGAAUACAAUUCGUAAUAUGCAUGAACACUUGCAACAGGGAGAUUAAUUCACCUGGCUAAAGUGAGAUUACCUACAGAAGCACUUAAUAUUUUGCAUGAGAGCUUUUGAGAAUAAAUUUGCACUUAGCAUAAAAAGUAACAAAUGAGUUUUUUAAUAAAGUUCUCAUAAGAAGAGUGCAACUUCUCUUGCC